AUGUCACAGAUAUCAUUACCUAAUUCGUUGAACUCGUCAACAUUGACGCCCCAUAACCAUAUAAAAAAUAAAAGACGAUUAAAGGAUUUAAUAAAACUAAAAGAAAUAAUUAUUCCACCUUCAACAAAUUUAAAAAUCAAUUUGGUUGAACCGAUACUUUUCAUGCGAGGUAUUUCAGAAGAAUCUGCAGGUUGUUUUCUUAGAGGUGAAUUGAUUUUGAAUUUAUCAAAACCUACGAAAAUUCAAAAAAUCGAAAUGAAAUUCACUGGUAAAAUGAAAACGUUUUGGCCAGAAGGAAAGAUUUAUCAUGGUUCCUAUUCUAAUAAUAAUAAUUUAUGCGAAACUCGAAACAUAUUUUCCCAUACUUGGAAUUUCCUUGAUGAAAAUAAUUUUGAAAAUUCCAAUAACUCCUCAUCGCGUCUAUCACGACGUUUCAGCAAUAUUCGUUCCACAAAUUUUCAAUUAUUACCUUCUGGUACAUUGUCUUACCCAUUUGAACUUUUUGUACCCGGUUAUCUCCCAGAAACCAUUGAAGCCGAAAGAGGAAAAAUUACCUAUAAGCUUGUAGCAAAUGUUGUAAAGCAUGGACUUUCAAUAAAUCCAAGUGUUACCCGAUAUGUACCAAUUAUAAGAACUUUAUUAGAUGAAGAAAUUUUGGAAGGAAUAGUUUUAUCUAAAAAUUGGAAUCAUUGUUUAAAUUAUGAUAUUAAUAUACCAAAAAAAGCCUAUUCUUUAGGUGAUUCGAUUGAUAUUGAUUUAAAAUUAACUCCUUUGGUAAGAAAUUUACAUAUUAUUAAUGUAAAGAUAAAAUUAGCUCAGGAAGCUAUAUACGAAGAAGGUACCCAAAAAUUUGAAGAAUUAAAAAUAUUAAACUCUUUACAACUUGAAGAUUAUGAAUUAUCAAUGAACAAAAAUUUAAAAGGUAAAAAGAAUCAAGUUAAAAUAAAAUUCGAUGUCCCAAUUCAAUUACUUUCAUGUAGAUGUUCAAUAACAGAUGAAUUACCAAUUUAUGAAGGGAACGAAUAUUAUAGUAAUAAUGAUACUCGACUUAAUAAUUUCAUUAUCGAUAGUGUUAUUGUUGAUGAUAUCGUUGUUGGUAGAAAGAAAAUUUAA